AUGGCCGACAACGGAAUCCACCAGCUCACGCAGGCCGAACUUAUGGCCCAAAUGGCUGAACUUCAAGCAGAGGUCAAAAGACUGGCCGAGCUGUCAGCACAAAAUAACGCCAACAAGAGGGAUGAAGGCAAUCCCAAGAGCUCAUCCCAAGGCGUGACUGACCUAUUAAUCACCAACCCCCCGAAGGAGAGAUUAACCUUGGAUAACCCAUUUUCCGAGGAGAUUACCAAUUACCAAAUACCAAAACAUUUUACACUACCUUCCUCACUCGAGCCAUAUAAGGGGAUUGGUGACCCCCGAGCUCACAUUAAGAAAUUUCAGUCUAUGAUGUUCUUUAAUGGACCUAAAAAUGAACCUAUUCUUUGCAGGGCUUUUCCGACCUACCUUGACGGCGCGGCCCUCCUUUGGUUCUCAAAACUACCUGAAGGAUCAAUCUCUUCCUUCGAGAAAUUGGCAAGAUCCUUCAUAGACUACUUUGCUGCUGCACGCAUUUAUGUGCACGGGUCAGAUUAUCUCAGCACCAUCCGCCAAGGUCCCCAAGAAAGCUUGAAGGACUAUUUAACCAGAUUCGCUGACGCAACAAUGGAGAUACCCGAUCUAGAUCCUGCUGUCCAUCUCCACGCCAUAAAAGCUGGCCUCAAACCUGGAAAAUUCAGAGAAACAAUUCCCGUCACAAAACCGAAAACCCUGGAGGAAUUCCGAGAAAGGGCCGCAGGACAGAUGGAAAUUGAAGAACUCCGAGAGGCCGAGAAAGUAGACAGAAGGCAACCUCGAAAGGAAGAGAGCCGAACAAUCAGAUCAGGGGACAACAGAGACACCAGAAAAACGUUUAAACUUACACCGAAGUUUGACAACUACACCAGGUUCAACACCAAGAGAGAAAGGAUCAUCAAGGAAAUACUCAACGCCAAAAUAAUCAAACCCCCUGUUAGGGCCGGAAGCUACCAAGACCAACGAUUCGUGGACAGGACCAAGCACUGCGCCUUCCAUCAGAAAUAUGGUCAUACCACCGACGAGUGCAUCAUAGCCAAAGACUUGCUGGAAAGAUUAGCCCGGCAAGGACUCCUAGACAAAUACAUCGAAGGCACAAGGCACAAAGGAGCAAAAACAGAUCAAGAUGAGCAACAAACUCCGAGGAACAAAGAAACCGACAAAUGGCCGAGCAACAAUCCCCCAAAAGGAAUCAUCAAUUGCAUAUCAGGAGGAUUCGCAUGUGGCGGAGAAACAGCCUCAGCACGAAAAUGA